UGGUCACUCUCCGACUGUUUUAUUCUAAUUUGUCUAAUGUUUGUAAUAUAUAAUAUUCUACAUAUUUAGUUUUGAUUCCAUUGAUAGGAAUUAAGACUACAAGAAUCACGAUGCUUUUGACCAUACAUAAUUUACCUUCCCAUGUAGGCUAUUCCGACAUAAAAAGUUUAAUAAAAGAAAAAUGCGGCUUAAGAGAACUUAUAUUGGAUAAUCUCGUCAAUGAAGGCAAAACCAAGCGUGUUACUGUCGGAUUAGCUGACGAAGGAGACGCUGUUUUACUAGUUAGAAAAUUAAAUGGCUUACAUUUAAAUGGUCUUCAGCUUUAUGUUGAAGACCUUCGUCAAAAGAAGCAAUUGGAGCAACCAUAUCGACCAAUGCAUGCUUCACAUGAAAAUCCACUGAAGCAAGGAUUGCAACCGAAAACACAAUUUGAAAAACCAAGGGAAAUGUCAUCGUUGCCAAACCAACCGCCACCAAUGCCCGUACAACCAACCUAUAGCAAUAUGCCGUUUUAUAUGUCACCAGUUCAGACUACCCAUGUAAAUUACGACAAGCAGGGACCACCAUCAACGAAUCCACUGCAACAGGUUCCGUUUUAUCAACAAAAUAUUACAAAUUAUCCAUAUCAACAACCCGAUACUCAAAAUCAAUGGAGUAAACAAGUGAUAACGUCAUAUCCUGACAAGUCACAUCUCUCUGUUAAUAAUGCAUUGAAUGUGACUGACGCUCAAUUUCAUCUAAAUCAAGAUCAAAAAGGGGUUAUGGGAGACAAUGCCUAUAACCUCGGUGUACCCCGAGAAGUUAUUAGGCGUUCUGAUAAAAGUACAUUCGGAACAUCUAAAGAUAAUAUGGACUUUCGCGGUCAAGAUCAUGACAAAUUGGAUGAGAAAAGUUUUCACUCUUUGAGAUUUAAGGAGCAAGAAGACAAAUACAGACCACAGGUGUCUCCUUCGAGGACUCAUGAUAGAUACCAAAAUAGAUCUAUACGUAAGCAAGACGCAAGGCGCCUGAAUGACUUUGGCAAUUCAAAAUAUUCCUCUCGUUUCGAUAGACCAAUACCACGCGAUCGAUCACCUCCACAUAAUCGAUUACCUCCACGGAAUCAAUCACCUCCACGGAAUAGAUCACCUCCAAGGAAUAGAUCACCUCCAAGGAAUAGAUCACCUCCACGGAAUAGAUUACAUCCACGUAGUCGAUCACCUCUUCGUAAUCGAUCGCCUCCUCGUGAUCGAUUUCGUAGACGUGAAAAUCGUGAACAACCAAUUAAUCAUCCGCAAAAUCCUCAUAUUUAUUAUGAUCAUCAGCAGCAUGAAAGUUAUGAUAAUUAUGGAGACACCCAAAAUUUCAAUCAACAACAUCAUAAUUUCGACGAAUUUGAACAAAAUAAUAGACAAGGUAUGAAGAGGCAAAGAAAUCUUGGCACAAAGAGACCAAACCCUAACCGCUUCGAGACGUACAGCAACGACCCAAAUAAUUCUACUUUUAGCAAAUCGAAUAUUAAUAUCUUUGGUCAAAAGGGAACCAAUGCAGGUUUUGCUAUGAAAGGCAAAAAACGUGAUGCGAGCUUUCACGGUCCACCUGCAAAACUUCCGAGAUUUAAUAAAGGCCGAAAAAGUUUCGAUCCCCCUUCUGCUCCAUUUGCUGACGCGAACUCAAUUCCUCCUGCAGAGGAACCUUCAUUAACGAUUGAAGGAAAGCUAAUGAAAUAUGGCAAUUGGCGUAGAAACGCUGCCAAGUUUCUGGCCUGUGAAGUUGUUGCGAAUGCCAGAGUUGGUAAAAUUAAAAAUUUUAACAUUUUGCUACGUAAUUUAAAAAAAUGUAUAGCGUCGAGAAUUGAUGUUAUUGUUGGGGAUGAAGUUGUGAACUCGUUGAAAGAUAUGGUAGAUCGAUAUCGCAUGAAAUUCAACCACGACGAUGAUGUCGGAUUUUACAAGGCUGUUUUGGAGAAAAUGAAACGUGAUCAGGACCAGUCCUCUGGGCAACCAGACGCAAUGACUCAAUUCAUACCAAGUACUUCGACAAAGUAUUUACCUCCAGCCGUCAGACAAAAAGCUAAAAAUGCAAGAAAUAGAGUUAGAACUCGUAAAACAACAAGCGCUUUAGCCGAUGAACCGAUUCAAGAUUUCUAUGAACCAGGAGACGGAUUAGAUGAUCCAUCAAAUGAACCCAUUGAACAAACAUCUGGGAAAUUACCGAAGUACCCAAAUGCAAAUAAACAGGAGUAUAAAGAUCAAAAGAAAAUACAAAAAUUAGAAUUUGAAACAGAAGAUCUAUAUGAUAUGGACAAACUUCUCCAGAGCGCUCUGGACUAUGAAAUGGCUGAACUGUGUAACGUGUUUGUGAGUGCUUGCGAUGAAUCAAAAGGUAAAAAUGAAGAGACAAUGCAUGAAAAACUUACUAAGAGGGUUGUUAAGGAUUUCAAAAAGGUUGUAAAGGUCCAUGCAACAAGGCGCGUGUUGAAUAUAACAAGUAAUCUGAUCGUGCGUUUAUUCGUUUCACCGAAAUCAACUAAGCGUGCCGUCUUGGAAACUUUCCUCAAAAGUCAUGGAGCCGUCACCUUGAAGAAAUCGGAAAAAAAUAAAAUGUACUUGGCCACUUGCGGCAGUUAUGAAAGCUAUGAUAAGUUAGUGGCGUUAGGAUCGACUAAGAUAGGUAACGCUGUUCUGACUCUUAAGCCUCUGCAUCUUGUUGGACCUCCUAUUAAGAAGAAUAUCAGAUCUCAACAGUUUGCCGUCUCAAAUGUUAUUGGUAGUAAUGAAUUAAAAUCUCCAAUAACAGAGGUUACUGCCAGUGAUGACGAUCUCGCUGAUAGUUGUAAUGAAUCCAUCAUAAAUAAAGAUAAACAUAACGUAAGCCUAGGCGAUCAAGAUGUAGUCAUAGUUGAGGCUAAAACCGACGUUGUAGUUAUUGAGGACAAUGAUCGUAAUCAAAAAAGUAAUGAAAAAUCCGCUGUCCACACUGAGAUUGCAGAUGUUAAAUCGAAUUCUAAUGAUGAUAAUGAUGAUGAUAAUGAUUCAAAUAAUAAAGAUGUAAUUAUUGAUGAUGAAACUAAACAUAAGACUAUACAUUCUGAAAGUGCAGACGUUGAAUCGAAAACUAACGAUGACGCUCCGAAUAAUGGGACUUCUUUAGAUAACGAAUGUCAAUCAACAUGUAAUGUUGAAGGUAAUGAAAAGCAAGAUAUAAAUGCAACGCCUACAGAUGAAAAUAAACUCGCUGAAGACAUUUUGGAAUCUGUCGAUGUAGCAGAAGAUGACUUGGAAGACUUUUAAAGAUU